CUUUAGCAAAAUGCUAUGUGAAAUUUUUUUACUGAAUUUAGUUUAUUGCCUAUAAAUACAUUUCAAAAGCAGUAACUGUACACUACAACCAAUCAAACAAGUCAUAUAAAUGUAGUCAAUGUUCAGAGCAUUUAAAAUGACGGAUACAUUCAUGUACUUUGCAUAUGGAAGCAAUUUAUUGAAAAAGAGACUUUUACUACAGAACCCCUCAGCUGUUGAAGUGUCCACAGCAAAAUUACGGGAUUAUAAGCUUGAUUUCAAUGGAGGGCAAGACGGUACAUGGAGAGGAGCAGGUGCUACUAUUGUGAAAUCACCAGGAGAUUGUGUAUGGGGAAUGGUGUGGAUGCUUCACAAUUCACAUAAAGCAACACUGGACGAUCAAGAAGGAGUUGAGGCCAAAAUAUAUGAGCCAAUACACAUAGAGGUGACAUCUCCUGAGGGAGAAGUAUUCUCCUGCAGGUCCUACCAUCAGAUUCGUCCUGCUUCGGCUGAUCAAAGGCCCUCCCCACAAUAUAAAGGAGUCAUCAUUAAAGGGGCAAAGGAAAUUGGACUACCUGCAGAUUAUUUGGAAUUUCUUGCAAAAAUUGAAGACAAUGGGUUUAGGGACAUACAAGUAUCUACAUCAAAGCCUAGGCUCUUUUCUUCCUCUAUCAUCAUGGUCAUAUUUUAA